AUGCUGAGGCUUACAACACUCGUUUUUCUUGUCGGCGUUGCGAGGGGCGCUUCGCAAUGCUACGACGUCAGCGGGAAUCUCAAAUCUACUAUGUCCCCGUGCGAUCCGUCGGCCGAUGUCAGCGUAUGCUGCAGCGAUAGCGAUUACUGUCUCGACAACGGGCUCUGUCUCGACGCUGGCGGUGAUAACAUGUUCACGGUCCAGGGUUGCUCGUCCAAGACGUGGGAGGCUCCCUGCAGGCAAUAUUGCCCCGACGAAGGGCAAACGUCCAACUGGUACCAGGUCUUGACCCUCUGUAGCACGAACCAACGCGUCUCCGCCGAGUACUGCUGCGGGGAGAACUCAACGUGCUGCUCCGAGACCGCCUCGGAGUCCCUCAUCACACUGCCCAUUGCCACCAGCGUCUUCCAUGCUACUGACGCCGUAUCGACGGAAUCGUCCACCACGCCCACGCAAUCAGCCUCAACAACGGGCACCGAAGCGCCCGAGGGCCAGGAUUCCGCAGCCACAUCCUCCACGGCCUCUCACGACGACAGCAGAGCGGUUGCAAUCGGUCUAGGCGUCGGCAUCCCUCUGGGGUUGGCGCUGACGGCUGCGCUGGUCCUCUUAGGUUGCCUGCUGCGCAGGAACAGGAACCUUCAGAGUCAGAAUGCACCGAUGGACCUUCAGAGUCCCAAUGCGACGAUGUCUCCGAAUUACUGGCAGGACAUCCAGAACCCGCAAGAGCUAAAGAUUGGGAACGGGAACUUUCAGAGUCAGAUCUUGCCGAUGCCUCCGAGUGAAGUUCAGGGCACCCAGAACCCGCAAGAGCUUCAUCAUCAUGGGUAUGAUGAUGGGGUGUCGUGGGAACUCUCGGGCGACGGGGUGAAGUCAGAAGUUUCAGGCUCGCCGAGCCUUUACCACACUUCGCCGCUCACGACACGGUUUUAG